CGUAAGCGAUAAGGAGAAUGGGACUUCGGUCCAAAAUCAAAUUUUACUGGUAGAACGGGAGAGAGGGAGAGAUGGCGAGAUUCUCAGUCGGCGUAGAUGAAGGCCCAAGCUUGCCAAAACGACAGAGGAUCCAUGAGUCUUCUCAACAAACUUCCUGGCAUCAACCCCAAGACGAAGAAGACGACGAACCACUGAACGAAAGUGAAGAAGAAGACGACGACGACGAGGAAGAGGAGGAGGAAGAGGAAGGAGAAGAAGGCGAUGAGGGUGAUGACGACGACGACGAUGAUGAAGAACAAGAAGAAGAAACAACCGAGGUUGUAACUAAUCAAAUUGCAAUGUCGAACGUUCGUGCCCCUAUCGGACCUACUAGAAAUGGUGGAAUUUGCGUUACCCUAACAGAUCCAGAAGUGCUUGAUUGCCCCGUCUGCUAUGAGUCCUUGACCAUUCCUGUCUUUCAGUGUGAGAAUGGGCAUACAGCUUGCUCUUCCUGCUGCAAAAAACUUUUGCAGAAGUGUCCUACCUGCUCGUUGCCUAUUGGCUAUAAUCGCUGCCGAGCCAUUGAGAAGGUUCUUGAAUCUGUCAGACUAUCAUGCCAAAAUCUGAAGUACGGGUGCAAAGAAAUAGUUAACUACAGCAAGAAAGUUGACCAUGAGAAGAUCUGCAGUCAUGCACCAUGCUUUUGCCCUUCAUCAGGUUGCAGUUUUGUUGGUUCAUCUAGGCAGAUAUACCAGCAUUUUAGCAAUAAACACAAGGGUGCUGCAGUACUCUUCCGAUAUGGCAACACCUUUCCUGUAUUCUUCACUCUUAAUGACAAAUCCCGAAUUCUCCGAGAAGAGAAAGAAGGUGUUCUAUUUAUUCUGAACAAUACUGCUGAGGUUGUUGGUAAUAUUAUUACAGUUAGUUGCAUAGGCCCCUCCUCACCAAAGGGGGGAUACUUUUAUGAGCUUGCAGCUAAAAUGGAAGGAAGCAAUCUCAAAUUUCAGUCAUUUACAAAGAAUAUUCGAAAGGUUAAUGAUGAUGACCCUCAUUCACAGGAUUUCCUUGUAGUUCCAGCUAGUUUCUUUGGAUCCUAUGGACAGAUCAGCUUGGAUCUCUGCAUAUGGCGUUAUGGUACAUGUCCUGCAAACAUUCAAAGAAAUACCGACACAAAUGCUCAAAGAAAUGUUCUGUUCAUUCAAAGAAGCACAGGUGCCAAUACCCAAAGAAUUACCAAUGCUGUUUGAUGUUGUUGACAGGUAUGCAUAGCGGAGGCCGCCGAAGUUUCUAUAUGUAGAUAGUUCCAAUCUUUGUGCAAAGGCUUUGAUUUGGUAAUGGUUUUUGUGCAGCUUCAGUUUUCUAGCUAAUAAUAUAUGGUUGAUUUUCGGUCUUUUUAAA